CAGAGCGUGAGGAGGAGGACCGGGAAUACACUCAUGUUCCCCGAGCUCUAGAAAAAACACCUCCACCUCCUUCAGUGUUAAAACGCUACAAUUAAACCGGCUGGGGGGGUUUAAGAAGAAGAAGAAGAAGAAGAAGAAGAAGAAGAAGAAGAAGAAGAAGAAGGGGGAAAAAAAGCGGACAAAAGAAGCGUUGGUAAUUUUUACGCGCCAGUCGUGUAGAAAGCAAUCACGGAAUCCAACGGGACUAACCGAUUCAGUCAAUACUUCGCUACUGUUAUGAAGCGAGAAUGAGUAGCGCAGACGAGAGCGGGAGCAAGUGCUCGUCGGGCCCAGUCUCCAGCUUCACCAUCCAGUCCAUUUUGGGCACGGCGUCCGAUGAGCCGCGCUCCGGAGCCAAGGAGCUGUCCAAGGGGCCGUCGCCGCCGAGGAGGCGCUCGUUGUCGGUGUCCUCCGAGGAGGAGUGCAGCGGAGGGGAGGACUCAGCGGACUGCUUCUGCUCCGACACGGGUCAAAGCGAGCCAUGCAUGCAGCACCAAGCCCACAACUUCUCCUGCUUAGGUGCAGCUAAAGGUCUUCUCUCCGGGACCGACGGACUCGCACGGCGGCCGCACCUGUCCCAGCCUCUGCUGCAGGAUUACAAGAAGGAGCAGGACAGACCGUGCCAUCAGAUGUCUCCUCUGUCGGAGGAGAGACAGGCGGACGGCGCGGACAAGCACGGCAACUCGGCCAAGAAGAAGACGCGCACCGUUUUCUCCCGGAGCCAGGUGUACCAGCUGGAGUCCACCUUCGACAUGAAGCGCUACCUGAGCAGCUCGGAGCGGGCCUGCUUAGCGUCCAGCCUGCAGCUGACGGAGACUCAGGUCAAGACGUGGUUUCAGAACAGGAGGAACAAGUGGAAACGGCAGCUCUCCGCCGAGCUGGAGGCGGCUAACAUGGCCCACGCCUCCGCACAGACAUUAGUGGGGAUGCCGCUGGUUUUCAGAGAUAACAACCUCCUGCGCGUCCCCGUCCCUCGGUCCAUCGCCUUCCCGACGCCCCUGUAUUAUCCGGGGAGCAACCUGCCAGCGUUACCUUUAUACAACCUGUACAACAAAAUAGAGUACUGAUAGACUGUUCUCCUUGUUUACCACCGCAGUCCAGGUGAAAAAAGAGACGCAUUUCAAACAAUACAAACUUUAUAUAAGUGUCUCCGUAACUCCAUGUAUAUUAAUUGUAUCACUUUAUUUGUUGGGGGGAAAAAAAAUCUGUACUUUACAAGAGAAAGCAACCAAGCUUCCCCCAUACAUAGAAAAUACACCAUGUGUAUUGCUUAUAACGAUAGCAAGAAAUUUGUACCGUUUUUAUUUUUUAUUAUCUUUCACUGUUACAAUAUUGGAUUUGGGACGUCAAACAAAAGCUUUAUGAGUGGAUUUGAAAGAAGCUGCUUUUACACUUUUAUUUAUAACUGAUGAUUUUAUUCACCUAAGGACAAGAAAAGACACAAUUCUUCCAUAUGAGGAAAUAUAUCAUUGGUUUUUUUUAAAUUGUAAUUUAGACCUCCAGUU